AUGGGAUUUGGGAAUGUUAAGGAUUUACGGGAAAGCAGAUCUAUUACGACGGCGGGGCAGACGGAAAGCUCGGCCGGCGCGGAGGAAGAGGAGGAGAACCCCACCAAGGUCCAAUUUGGGCGCUGCGAAGAAGAAGAGAACAUAAUGUUCAGCAAGGAUGACGAUACGCGGCCAUUUUAUGUGAAUUUGACAUUUAUUUGCCUUUGGCAGACAAAAGUAACGCCAAUAGUAGAAGGUUAUGGAGGCUGGGCUUUUCGGAUGGAGAUUGUACCCAUGGAAUUAGCGUAUCCUGGAUUUGGGGGAACUCGUUGGACCUAUAAAUAG